UUUCUGUUCGGCGUACAGGGUUGCUUUUGAAAUCUCCAUUAGACCAAUUUCAUUGGCUGGAAUAGACACACACAAGCACGCAAAAACACACACCGUCCAGCAACAGAUAGCUCAGUGAAGUGACUGAGUGGAGAUCAGUGCAAGGUUAUCUGCUGCUACAAAGGGAGGACCUCACUGUGACCGUGGGAGUGACCACAUUCAUCAGCUCAUUCUUCAAGCAUUAGCUUUAAGGACUUACAGCAAGCACGCAAGUCUGCCGCAGCUAACCAACCAGGAAAAUGUCUGAGCGACUGAUUGACUUGGAAGAGACCGCGACCCAAACAGGCCCCAAAGGGGUGAUCAAUGACUGGAGGAGGUUUAAGUUGGAAAGCAUGGACCAAGAAAACUUGAAUCCUGCAAAAAGGGAACUGCUGAGACAAAUGUCAUCCCCCAGCAAAGCAAAAGAUACCUCCAGAGGAAACCUUAACCGCAAGAUGAGUGUCCAAGAGUAUGAACUGCUUAAGGAGGAGGAUGAAGGAUGUCUAAAGAGCUACAGAAAGCGGUGCAUGCAAGAGAUGCAUGACAAGCUCAGCUUUGGGCCAAGGUUUGAAGGCGUGUAUGACCUGGACAGUGGAGAGGCUUUCCUAGAAGUUAUUGAAAAGGAGCAUCACAGCACGGUUGUGGUUGUGCACAUCUACAAGAAUGGGAUUAAAGGCUGCGAGGCACUCAACAGCUGCCUUGACUGCCUGGCCUCUGAGUAUCCCACCGUAAAGUUCUGCAAGAUUGACGCCGUCGCCUCCGGUGCCGCCGAGCGCUUCUCGGAUGAAUAUUUACCCACGCUGCUCGUGUACAAAGCUGGAGAGCUACUGGGAAACUUCCUGUCCUGCACACAGCAUCUAAAUGAGGAAUUCUUUGCUACUGACGUGGAGGGUUUCCUCAACAGCUACGGCCUGUUGCCAGAGAAAGAGCAGCCUCAGAUGGAAGACGAUGAAGAGAACAACAUAGAGUAAAUGAAGAGUUUGGCUGCUGAUGAAGAACCAAAGGAAGAAAGAUCUAAGAAAGACAGUUACAUUAAAAUAUGAAAAUAUUGAGCUGGGUUUCAAUAAAUAGGCAAGCGUAACAUCUCCACCAGCGCUCUAGUGUUUUGGGAUCGUUGUCUAAAGGAAAAGAUUGACAUCCAGUUGAUGACGAAACAUCAGUGACCCAGAUAUGGGUGCUUCAGAAUAUGGGCGAGACAGUUACAGUAAUGUGAGGAGAGCAGCUUCUAUUAAUACAAUAUAUAUAAAUAUAUAUAUUUAGAGAGAGAGAGCACAACUCCCCUCACCACUACCCCGAUACAAGCCAAAACUGUAACACUGACUCCAACGCUGUAUCUACUUGUAAAAAUAAUGAUUAACAGGGUUUUUUUGUAGUUUUUAUAUUCGAUUCAAUUGAGAUUUACACAGGCUGCUUGUAAAAAUCAGGGUUUGUACAAACAGACAUCCCCAAAUGUGUUACACGUGUAUGUUUGAUGUAUCCCGGGUGCUCUGACAGCAUUUAAAAACAGAGGAAGUAAGAAAAAGAUCAACGUUUCGCAGCUUCAUUUUCAUCACUGUGAUCAUAGACGGGUUCAUUCAUGUCUGCACAGGUCAUACUGGGAAUUGGAAACAAAUGGAGGAAGUCACAAAAAAGGAAAUGGUUAAUGUUGGGGUUCCUGUGUGUAAUCUUACCCCACAAGUCAUGACUCAGCACAGUGUCAACAUCUUCGCAUUUAAAGUUGCUCACGCCAGGUUUCCCUUUAACCUUUGUAUUAGUAUUUAAGUAAACAUACUCCUGUCAGUCAUAAUAACAAUAAUAAUAAAAAAUC